CUGCGCGCGAGACGAGAGUUGGAGAGGGCGGAGCAGGAGCCGGGCAUCCCCGCGCACCGGCUCUAGCCAGGCUCCCGGCGCGGGCCUCGGAAAGCGCGUGGAGGCGAGCAGCCCGUCGCUCCAGCCGGCCACCCCGUGCCUCGGCGGCCGCCCGGCCACCAUGAUGCAGAUCUGCGACACCUACAACCAGAAGCACUCGCUCUUUAAUGCCAUGAACCGCUUCAUCGGCGCGGUGAACAACAUGGACCAGACGGUGAUGGUGCCCAGCCUGCUGCGCGACGUGCCCCUGGCCGAGCCCGGGCUGGACAGCGAUGUCGGCGUGGAGGUGGGAGGCAGUGGCGGCUGCCUGGAGGAGCGCACGCCCCCGGCCCCCGGCCCGGGCAGCGCCAAUGGCAGCUUUUUCGCGCCCUCCCGGGACAUGUACAGCCACUACGUGCUGCUCAAGUCCAUCCGCAACGACAUCGAGUGGGGGGUCCUGCACCAGCCGCCGCCGCCGGCGGCAGGGAGUGAAGAGAGCAACGCCUGGAAGUCCAAGGACAUCCUGGUGGACCUGAGCCACCUGGAGGGCGCGGAAGCCGGCGAGGAGGACCUGGAACAGCAGUUCCACUACCACCUGCGCGGGCUGCACACUGUUCUCUCCAAACUCACGCGCAAAGCCAACAUCCUCACCAACAGAUACAAGCAGGAGAUCGGCUUCAGCAAUUGGGGCCACUGAGGCGGGACGCCCCCGCCUGUCCAGCACCCUUACCGGCCCCAUCUCUCACCCUCUUUCCCUCAAAGCUGUUUUCUUUCUGGCUGUAGGGCGCGAAGGGCUUGGGAGGACUGCAAAGUUAGGCUGGGGGGAGGGUGCUGCGUUAUGUGCAGGGGGCGCGGCGGGGCCGCCUGGAGGAAGGGGCCUCUUUGGGAAGAGAAGAGGAAGGUGGUGAUGGGAGUCCGGGUUGGGGGGUCAAAGACCUUCCCAUCCCCCGCCAGCGGGUUGGGGGAGACUGUGUUUUACGUUAGUGGGAAUGGGACUGGGUGACGCCCUGCAUUCAGCCUGUGCCUUUCUUGGAGUUUCUUUUCUGUUCUUUCUGGGGGAGACGAGUGGAGAAGGGGCCUUGCCGGGCGCGGCGCGGGGUUGCCACACUUGGGAGCGCCGCCCCAGAGCCGGGCGCUGGGGAAGGCGGGGCACGCAGCCUCGGCCCGCCCUGCCCUGCCGUUGGGCUGCUAGAGGCCGCGGCGUUGCUAGGAUUGCAUCAGUUUUCCUGUUUGCACUAUUUCUUCAGCGGCCCUGUCUUAAAGUAUUUCGACUCUCCUUGUUCUGAAACUUCGGCGAUUCCAUUGUGAUAAGCGCACAAACAGCACUGUCUGUCGGUAACCGGUACUAGGUGAUUAAUGAUUUUCUGUUACACUGUACAGUUGUCCUGUGGCACCCCCUGCCCCCUCGGUUCCCAGCCCUCCCCGCCCCCACCCUAGUGUGUGUUAGCUGGCACCGCGCCAGCUUGUACGAAGCUUGCCGCUCAGCCAGUGAAAAUAAUAAUGUUAUUAUGAGAAAGUGGACUUAUCCGAAAUGGAGCCAACUGACAUUCUAUCCGUGUUGUACGUAGAAUGAUGAAGGGUUCCACUGUUGUUAUAUGUCUUAAAUUUAUUUAAAACGUUUUUUAAUCCAGAUGUAGACUAUAUUCUAAAAUAAAGAAAGCAAAUGUGUUAACGAAACUACAAAAGUUUGUUGCUUUUUCAUCUGCCCGCCAAUGGCCUUGUAGUGAAAUAAAAAUAAAUUCAAUUUA